AUAGGAUUACGUCACGAAAGUAGAGCGAGGCUUGGCACGCACACGGAAGCGGAAGUACUACUUUGAAUACCUGUGAAGAAUCCAGCAUGGCUCCUGGGGGAAAGAUCAACAGGCCUAAGUCUGACUUGCAAAAGAGCAUCUUGAAACGUCGCCGGGUUAAAACUCGCGAGAAGCACCGGAAGAACAAAGUGAUUGGGGCUAUAGUGGACAAAGAGUUAAUUACAGCCCAUCACUUAAGGAAAAGAUCCUCCAGCGCCAGAGCCAACAUCACCCUCUCUGGGAAGAAGAAAAGGAAACUCAUAAAGCAAAUCCAGCAUUUACAGAAAGAAAAGGGGAAAAUGGAUGGUGAGGAAGUAUUUACCAACACACAAACACUGAUCUAUCAUGCAGCAUUCUUCUCAGUAUUUACUGGGGGGCUUGUGGAGGAGUGAGGGGGCCAGAAUAGGCUGGUCGUGGUUACGUGUAUAAUAGGUCGGGGCAGGGCAGUCCAGGGGCAGCAGGACAGAACUACAACCGCUGGAAAUUAAACACAAGCAAACGAUAAGCUACAUGAAGAAAAAAAUCAUUAACAUAAUCUAUUGUUAUAUUUUUGCUGACUGUAAAGUGAAAAUAAAACUUUUAUGAUUCAGAUAGAA